AUGCAAAAUAUUAAAAAUGUUAUUCAUCAGUUGAUUAAAUACAGUAUUGUUGAUGAACAAAUCUAAGACAUACUUAUUCAAUGUAAAUCAUAAAAAUAUCCUAUUAGAACUUAAUUAAUAGUAAGAUUAGUUAGAUAUUGCAGUCUUAGCAGAACAAAUUGAAAAUACUGUUAGUCAUUCUGAUAUUAAUUUAAUACUCAAGCCAAUAUAAGAUGAAAUAAAUGAAUCAAAAUUAGCUUCCGAUAAAUUAAGUUAAUAAUUAAAAUAAGUUAAAUUACUUGUCAAUUAACUUGAUUAUCAAUGUCUAGGAAAAGCUAAUAAAAUGGAUAUAGAAAUUUAACAGCAGAACACUUCUAAAUUGUAAUCUUAAAUCCAGGAUUGCAACUCUAAAAUUGCUCAAAUUUUAUAAUAAUUAGAUUUAAUUGGUUUCAAUACUCAAUAACUCAUCUAAGAACAAUUCUCCUCAUAAAUUGAAAUCUUAGAAUAAAAUGUUCAAAAAAGUGUUUUGGAAUCUUUAGAUACUAUCUUUUAAUGCAAUUUUUAGAAAUAUGAGAAAAUGAUGUAAAAUUAUGAAAAAAUGUAAUUUUAAAUGGAAACAAAAGCAGAUUAAUCACAAUUUGCUGAAAUUAUGCAAUCUAAAGUCAAUAUGCAAUAAUUCAUCUAAACCAAAACAAAACUGUAUGAUACACUUAAUCAUAUCAAGUAUUUAAUGGAAGCUGUAUUGUAGUUUUUUGAAGCAACUAUCUCAGAAUAAGAUUCAAUCAACAUGAGAAAAUCAGAUUAAAUUAAAUCCAUCAAUUUAAUUAAAAGUAUCAUUACUAAAUUAUUACCAAAUGAAGAAUAAAAAUAAAUUCCCCAAAAAUUCAACGUUAAAUUAAAACCUACUAUCUUUAAAACUAUUUAGCAUUAGAGAAGAAUUAAAACAGAAAUUAACGAUUGA